GUCUGAAGUGAAACACGUGUUGUAAGUGUAAAUAAAGUGUAAUUAAAAAAAUUAAAAAAGUGUAAUUAAAAAAAUCAAUUGAACCAUGAAUUUUAAUGCGAACAUAUUCCAAACUCAAUCAGUUUUUACGGAUGAAACUGUACAAAGCACACCGAAUAAUGUCGCAGAAACAAACAAUGAAACAAAAAACACCAAUAAAAAAUUGGAAAACAAAAUUGAUCUCCUUCAAACUGAAGUCGAAGCUUUAAAGAAAAUUAUGUGUAAACAGACAAUUUUGUUAGAACAGAUCGUUAAACACAUACGCCCAACUAGCAAGGAUCUCAAAAUUUUUCCAAUAAAUUCACUAGAGGAAUUAAAUUCGGCAGAACAAUUAGUUAAUAACGAGCCUGAAUCAGAAGUGAUAUCAUAUAUGAAACUAAAAUUUGGCAAAGACAAAAUAGAAAAGGCGUUACAUGCAAUGAUUGGUGACAAUAUUUUGCUUCGGGUAAAUUGGGAUGGAGCUAAAAAUAAGACAGCCAUAAACAAAUAUCGGUUGUUUAACUUUUUUUAUUUCGAAUCACUCAGAGACACCUACGAAACUUAUCCUGAAUUUGAAAAAUCUUUUAAGUUGGCCUUUCGCAAAUGUAAGGCAACAUUUUACCGGCAAACCUACAGCCUAAAAUCUAAAUAA